CAACCGAUCAACACAGCAUUGUCGAUCGACAGUCCUAGUACUUCAAACUACGGUCUUUCGAUUACGAUUUAGUGCGUUUAUCUGAGUCUUAGUGGUCUCGUGUUUCACGUUUCUAGAAGACAACGAAGUCGUUCAACACACCAAGAAAAAUGAAUUCCGGUCUAUUCUUAUUCGCAGCAGCGGUCGUCGCGGUCGUCAGUGGAAGCGCCGUGUACCCAAUCCCAGUGCACCACGCACCGGCCACCACCCAAUAUCACUCCCAAGAUGAAUUAGGCCAGUACGCGUACGGUUACUCCGGUGGCCCGUCGUCCAAGCACGAACAGCGCACCGCGGACGGCGUGACCAGCGGCGGUUACUCGUACGUUGACGCCAACGGCCUGGUCCAGUCCCUGGCCUACGUGUCCGACCCGGUCAACGGUUUCCGUGUGAGCGGAACCAAUCUGCCCGCAGACUCCAACACCGCCCACCACGCCGCUUUGCCGGUCGUCCACCACGCCGAAGUGCCAUCACCAUACUACUUGGCCGCUGCCCCAGCACCACUCCCGGUCGCCACUUCCUACUCCAGCGUCGUCCACCACCACGCAGCCGCCGAGCCGAUCGUCGUCAAGAGCCCGUCGUACUUCGUGCCCGCCGCUCACCCACUGAUCAAGCUCGCCCAGCCGCUCACCCCAGCCAGCACUUCCAACGUCCACUACCCAGAGCACGCCGUCCUCCUGGCCGCCCGUAAGAAGCGUAGCGCUGGACUCUACCCCACACUGGUUUCCGGUUACUCCGCCGCCCCCGCACACAUCGUCACCGUCAAGCACACCGAAUUCGCCGCUCCACCAGCGCCAGUCGUCCACCACUUGGCCGCCCCAUCCCCGUACUACCUGGCCGCCCCAGCACCAGCUCCGGUCGCCACUUCCUACACCAGCGUAACCCGACACCACGAACCAGCAGUUGCUCCAGUGCUCGCUUACGCCGCCCCAGCCCCACACGUCUACGCCGCACCAGCCCCACACGCCGUGUACCCCGCACCGGCCCCACAUGCCGUCUACGCCGCACCGACCCCACACACAGUCUACGCCGCACCGGCACUCGCCGCGACCGUAGCAGUAGCCCCGGUCAAGAGCCAGUUCCACGCACAAGACGAACACGGUCAGUACACUUACGGUUACACCGACGGUGCAUCCGCCAAGACCGAGACCCGUUACGCUGACGGCGAGACCAAAGGAAGCUACUCGUACGUGGACGAUCACGGUGCAGUCCAGGCUGUCCACUACUCCGCCGGCGCUGAAGGUUUCAAAGCCGCAGGAACCAACAUUCCAGUCCACCACGUCUUAUUCGCAGCAGCAGUCGUCGCGGUCGUCAGUGGAAGCGCCGUGUACCCAAUCCCAGUGCACCACGCACCAGCCACCACCCAAUAUCACUCCCAAGAUGAAUUAGGCCAGUACGCGUACGGUUACUCCGGUGGCCCGUCGUCCAAGCACGAACAGCGCACCGCGGACGGCGUGACCAGCGGCGGUUACUCGUACGUUGACGCCAACGGCCUGGUCCAGUCCCUGGCCUACGUGUCCGACCCGGUCAACGGUUUCCGUGUGAGCGGAACCAAUCUGCCCGCAGACUCCAACACCGCACACCACGCCGCUUUGCCGGUCGUCCACCACGCCGAAGUGCCAUCACCAUACUACUUGGCCGCUGCCCCAGCACCACUUCCGGUCGCCACUUCCUACUCCAGCGUCGUCCACCACCACGCAGCCGCCGAGCCGAUCGUCGUCAAGAGCCCGUCGUACUACGUGCCCGCCGCUCACCCACUGAUCAAGCUCGCCCAGCCGCUCACCCCAGCCAGCACUUCCAACGUCCACUACCCAGAGCACGCCGUCCUCCUGGCCGCCCGUAAGAAGCGUAGCGCUGGACUCUACCCCACACUGGUUUCCGGUUACUCCGCCGCCCCCGCACACAUCGUCACCGUCAAGCACACCGAAUUCGCCGCUCCACCAGCGCCAGUCGUCCACCACUUGGCCGCCCCAUCCCCGUACUACCUGGCCGCCGCCCCAGCGCCCGCUCCGGUCGCCUCUUCCUACACCAGCGUCGUCCACCACCCAGAACCAGCCGUGGCCCCAGUGGUCCCUUACGCUGCCCCAGCCCCACACGUCUACGCCGCCCCAGCCCCACAUGCUGUCUACGCUGCACCGGCCCCACACACCGUCUACGCUGCACCGGCCCCACACACAGUCUACGCUGCACCGGCCGCACACACCGUGUACGCCGCACCAGCACUCGCCCCGACUGUAGCAGUUGCCCCGGUAAAGAGCCAGUUCCACGCACAAGACGAACACGGUCAGUACACUUACGGUUACACCGACGGUGCAUCCGCCAAGACUGAGACCCGUUACGCUGACGGCGAGACCAAAGGAAGCUACUCGUACGUGGACGAUCACGGUGAAGUCCAGGCCGUCCACUACUCCGCCGGCGCUGAAGGUUUUCAAAGCCGCAGGAACCAACAUUCCCGUUCACCACGUCUAAUGAUCUGAAAACGCCGCCCGCCCCCACGCUGAUCGAGUAACAUCUUGUAUACUCUAUUGUAUAGUCCUCCUUUCUUUCUCUAUACAUAUUAUAAAUAUAUAAAUAAUAUCAAUUUUA